AUGUUGACAUCAUCCUCCGCCACGAGCAGCACCUACUCCUCGUCCGCCGCUUCCUCAGACCCUCAUCUCCCAUAUCAAAACCACCAGCCCAUGUCCACCCUCUCUCUAGGCUCCCAACAUCCACGCCGCACCCCAAUGCCCGUCAAAUAUCCACGCUUCUACUCCUCACCACUAGACGACGGUCUCGAAACACCGCUCCAAGUCUACGGCUACGAACAGCGCGAACCAUCCAUCUACGAAAAACCCAAACUAUUCCGCCGCGUCUCACACGCCCUCGACGAUAUCAAGGAAGACUUCUCGCUGAACCUGGAUCCCGCCCGCUCAACAGCCAACAAGAUCAAGCGUCGCUCCACUAUUCUACUAGACGCUAACUUUGGCGCAUCUCCGCGCCCGGAAACUGCGGAUGGUCCUAUGCCUCCGCGCUCGCGGCCGAUGUCUAUCUUGUCGGUUUCCAUGCCGCAACGCGGUUUGAGUCGGAGGCUUAGUCGGCGAUUGUCGAUUUUCUCGACGAGGAGUAAGAUUGCAACCGGUUCGAAGUCGGCGAGUAUUUCGUCGCCGAAUUUGAUUGGGUCGUCGACGCAGUAUGCGACUGGUAGUCAGACGAGUUUCAUCUAA